CAUGGACGGUAAAAUAUAUCUAGGGUUGGACUCUAAGUUGUAUGGCGAGGGCCAUAAGGAUCCAUUCAUCCAAGAUGAAGACAAACUUUCCAUUGCGGAACUUAUCCCAAGAAUUCUACAAGAAAGAGAAUCAUUUCUAAACAUUACCGAGGAGUCCUUGGCUAAGGAGAUCGAAGAAGAGGCCCUGCGUAGUGACGUGGAGGCCGUGGAUCUGGCCACGAAGUUUGAAGGGUCUCCAGAUGAACAAGGUGAGGAAGAAACGGAUGCUCUUGGUACAUAUGAGACUUUCACAAAGAAUAAACAUGAGUUGGCAAAAUUGAUUGGAGGAGCAUUGAAUGAAACCUCGUUAUCUCUUGACUUUGUCUCACUUCUUAUAUCUUCGGUGAAACCAAAUUUGGGUAAAUCGACGAUAUCUCCACUUUUGAGUAAAAAUGUCCCAUUGGGGUCCUUGGCAGCUGAUAGAAUAGAGUCUACGGGUCCAAAUAAUAGUAAGGAAUGUGCAGCUAUUGGUCAAGGUUGGAAGCUUGAAUCGUUGACCAAAAUUACUGAUUCACUUAGAACAGCCAGUAUUCGCUUGAAUGAACAAGUACUUCGUGAAAGAAAUUAUUGGGAGAAUGUCCAUACGGUUUUACAGAAUGGUGAAGUCUUAUACAAGGCCAGGGAUCCUACAACUGGACAUAGAGGCAUUGGAGUGAAAUAUGGAUAUGGGGACUCUGGUUCUAACUAUCAUGAUAAAGGGUUAGCAAUUUUGAAACGUAACAUAGAUGGUAACGUUUCUCUUUUGCCCAUUUUAAACGAAGUAAGUAGUAGGGGUGGGACAACAACAAAAGUGGCCGAAAAGGUACACAAAUAUAUCCGGGUGAAGAUUUUGAGUAAGAUUGACGACGAUUACAUGCUUACAGGACAAUCUGUAUUCAAUUCGAAAAGUAUUCUUGGUGGUAAGGAUGCCAUCAUAAAUGAUAUUGAAAAAGCAAGAUACUUUUUAUUUGAAGAAGAUUUAUUCCAUCAACUCACACGUGAAGCAAAGACCCUUAUCAACUAUAAUGUCUCAAUAAUAUCCAACAAAAUCAUCAUUGAAGUGUAUGAACAUAUUAUUGAGAUUGAGGCUGUAGUCUACGAUGAAAAUAAUGAGGAAGAACUCAAUAACUUGUAUCAAAAUAUCAAUCGAGAAUCUUCGAUGAAUAACAGUAAGGCACAACAUAUUCUUAUAUUCUUAAAGUUAAUGUUGUGUUGUUUCUACAAGUACAACCUUGAUUUGAGAAGAGAUGUCCCCACAGCAAGAGCCAAAUGGAAGUUGGCUAAUUCACAUCCACUUAUUUUAAGACCAUUAUUGGGACAUAUUCGUCAUGAAAUUAAUUUCAAGAACGUCCAAUAUGUCUUGGGUAACUUACUUGCCGAUUUCGAUAAGGAUACAUACAAGAUACGGGCUAAGAAAUAUCUGACAUUAUCACCAAUUGGCGAAACUAAGACUAUUAGAGAUAUAUUUGAAAAGUCCACUAAAUCACCCAAGUCCGAGUUAAAGGUCAAAUUGGUCCAUCCUACCAACGGAAAGGUCUUGAAAAUCGACGUUACUUUGUCAGCCACCGAGAGUUAUUGUAACUUGAUUGUGAACUUGGUGGUCAAUCGAUACAAUUCCUUACAGACAUACAAGGAAGAUAAGGAUUCGUUAAAAUUGCUUGAAGUAAAAGUCACGGAGAUUUACGAUGUUGAAGAAUGUUUAGAGUGGAUUAUAUCAAAGUUUAUAAAUAAAACUUGAUUGCAAUGAAUAGGCAGAAAACUGAUUUCUUGAGGGGAAAACCCUUUCUACUUUGAAGAAAUGCUUAUCAUUUAAAAAUGGAAAAUUUGUCAUAUAUAUAGAAUGUGAACUAUCAUUCUAUGACAAGAUAUUCCUAUCUAAACCCAGAAGGUUAUCCAGAGGGGGAUUACACCUUCUGAAGUACAUUUGAUGAGAAUUGUAGAAGGAAAAAAAAGAAGAGAAUGAAAAUGAUUACGUGUACUUGUAGUUCUACUCGCUUCAAUUUGAUACUAUUCUCACUAUAUUAUACAUAUGUUGUUAUACAUGUAAUUUUAUUUAUACUAACUUCAUGUAGGCUCUAUAAAUCACUGCCGUUGUAGCUUUCAUUUUCUGUUAUUGGGUGUAAGCAC